GAUUUUAGAACAAUAAAAUGAGUUUAAAAAGUGUAAUUUUCAGUUUUUUAUUGAUAGGAGUGGCUACAAAGUGUCUUGUACAAGGUCUCCAAUGUUAUGUCUGUGAAGAUUGUAAUGAGUAUGAAGAUUUCAAAGAAUUGCAUAUUUGUGGUGAAAUUUCCAUUGAGACAACAGCGAAACCCAUAAUAUUGGAAAGCGGUGCAACAGAUAAACCAGCAGUGAAACCUACCUCAAAACCCAUGUUGCCAGAAGAUCCUGACAAUUAUCUAGAUAGUGAGGAGUCACAUGAUGAAGUGAGUGUUCUAAAUUCUGGACAGAAAACAACCACAAAAUCAACUACUACUGCUAUUAACACACAAAGUAAAACCACCACAAAGCCAACUGCUACUAAUACGCAAAGUAAAACUACCACGAAGCCAACUAUUAUGGCUACACAGAGUAAAACUACCACAAAGCCAACAGCAACAAUGACAUGGUCUCCAAAACGAGCUGGUAAUCGUCUAGGCCUAUUAGAGCGCCUGGCACUUCCUGGCGUCCGUGGCUCUUGUGGUUCCGCAGCGACUUGUGGGUCUGCAAAACCUACAACUGCAAAUCCAACUACUUCUUCUAACAAAACUGAGCAAAAAAAACCAACCACGCAGUCUUCAACUCUGAAAGAAUCAACCAGCCAAACAUCUACAGCAAUUAAGACAACUCCUUCUACUGUAGCAGCAGCUGCUGCUGUUACCCCAACAAAGCCAAAACCCGUAGCUUUACCGGACUACGAUGACUAUUUGGAAUAUGAAGAUCCCAUUGAGGACAGACGUAGUGUCAAAUCUUUAUUGAAAAUUAAUGAACCCGUUUGUUAUAUGAUCAAAUAUCAAGUUAAUAACACCGUUUUUACCAAUCGCGGCUGCACCUCUUUCAUCAAUGCCAACAAAUAUUUGACCUGUCAGACGUUAUACAAUGGCGCUCCCAUGGAAUCUUGUCGCAUUUGCUCUUCAAAUGGUUGCAAUAAAUUUCUUGCCGGCGAAAGUGAUGAAGAUGAUCAUGGAAUGCCCAUAAAUGCUGCCGGUAUUAUGGAAAAGUUGGGCUCUAUUGUUUUAGUAAUUUGUGUUUUAAUAAAUCGCUCUGUAUUUUAAUGAUAUAAUCAUAAGUAAUGUCUGGAUUUAUUUAAA